AUGGGCACGAGCAUUCCCAUCACUGGAGAUGACAUCGCGUCGGAGGAGAAGCUCUGGGACUUGUACGAGAGGUGGCAGAGCCACCAUGGCGUGUCACGCAGCGUCGACGAGAAGCGCAUCCGCUUUGAUGUUUUUAAAGAGAACGUUAAGUACGUGUUCGUGUCCAACAAGGUAGCCAAGCCUUACAAGCUUAGCCUCAACAAGUUCGGCGACAUGGCGAGGGAGGAGUUCAAGAGGACGUACGCAGGGACGAGGAUUCGUCGCCGCAGCACUCUGAGAGGAAGCGCGAGCCUCAAAGGAUUGCGUUACAUUCCGGGUGCUUGUUUGGCUGGUCUGCUUGGAGUCAUGGCUGAUGUGCCGAUGAUCUCAUUGAUUGCCAUUUGCAAGAGCCCGUACAUGCUUUUUAAAGGAUGGAGGCGUUUGUUUCAUGAUCUUAUAGGCCGAGAGGGCCCGUUUUUGGAAACUGCAUGCGUCCCAUUUGCUGGUCUAGCCAUUAUUCUCUGGCCAUCGGCAGUUGCAGGAGCAGUCAUGGCUUCCAUAAUAUCAAGUUUCUCUUUGGGUGCAUAUGCAGCUGUUAUAGCAUACCAGGAGACAUCAGUGAAGAUGGGGCUAGCCUACAUCAUCUCUUCCAUGUCUAUGUUUGAUGAAUACAGUAAUGAUGUACUUGACAUGCCAGAAGGAUCUUGCUUUCCCAGGUAUCAAUAUAGGAAGAAGGUACCACAGCGUGCUACCUCUUUUUCCAGACCUGUCUCUUUUCGACGGGAAAACCAGGAUGCAAAAAAGGCUCCUUCACGUGCGACAUCAUUUAAGAAUAGCAUACUUGAAUUGAAUCCUUUGAAGUUACUUGAUCAUCUAUUCUCGGAGUGUAAGCACCAUGGUGAGGUUUUGGUCUCUCAAGGAGUAAUAACACAAGAAGACAUUCAAGAAUCUAGAUCCAGUAAAGGUGGUAGCAGGAUAAUAAGCAUUGGUUUGCCGGCAUACUCCAUACUCCAGGCACCGUUACUUUCGGCAAAGACUGAUACUGAUGGUUUAGUUUUAAGUGACAACACUGAGAUAACCACUGAAAACCGGCCUAAAGAUACAAUCUUCGAUUGGUUCUUUGACCCUCUGAUGAUCAUUAAAGAGCAGAUUAAAGCUGAAAAAUUUACAGAAGAGGAAGAAAUAUAUUUGUCCAAAUUGGUGCUGCUGCAUGGUGAUUCCAAGAGACUGAACAACCUUAAUGCUCAAUCAUCAUCUUCAGAUCAGAGAAAACGAGCUGAAAUUGAUGCCCUUGCUCGGAGGUUGCAAGGCAUCACCAAAUCGAUCUCAAGGUAUCCGACAGCCAGACGUCGUUUUGAUGAUCUUGUGAAAUCUCUUUCCGAAGACCUUGAGAUGAAGUUUGGAAGCAAUCGAUCUGCCAAUGGGUCUCAAGAGAGUCAACGUGUACGAAGUGGUAUUUUCCGAAUUUUUAGCCAAAAGUCAUUUGGCUCAGAUACAAGCACCAAGGGCCAUCAUCAAGAAAUCCAAGAGGUUAACAAUGGCUUUUAGUUCUGUAAAACUUUACUACAUACCUCUUAAAUUUACAAGGAUUUUUCUCAAGUGUUUUCUAUGUGGAUAGAUGAGGAGAUAUUGAUUGAUGA